GGGAAGGAGGGAGGGGGUGAGGAAGGAGGAAAAAGGAAAAGCCAGGAGCAGGAGGAAAGAGUUGAGAAGAGGUUGCACUCAGCUGGAGGAGAUGGAGAGGAACAGCAACAGGACGGUGGUGGUUACAGGAUUUGGUCCCUUUGGAGAACACACGACCAAUGCCAGCUGGGUUGCUGUGCAGGAAUUACAGAAGCUUGGCCUAGGUGAAGAAGUGGAUCUGUAUGUGUAUGAGAUUCCAGUGGAAUAUCAGAAGGUCCUGGAUUUGAUUCCUUCUCUGUGGAAGCGUCAUAACCCUCAGUUGUUCAUCCAUGUUGGAGUUUCGGGAAUGGCCACCACAGUGACACUGGAAAAAUGUGGACACAACCAGGGAUACAUGGGACUGGAUAAUCGAUGUUACUGUCCAGACAAUCACUGCUGUGUCCAGGGAGGACCGGACUGCCUCGAGUCUGUCAUUGACAUGGAUGUCGUGUGUAACAAAAUCACUGACCCACAACUGGACGUGGUCAUUUCUGUCUCACAGGAUGCUGGAAGAUACCUCUGUGAUUUUACCUAUUAUACCUCUCUGCACCUGAGCCACGGCAAAUCCGCUUUCAUUCACGUGCCUCCUCUUGGGAAACCGUAUACCGCUGAGCAGCUGGGGCGGGCUCUCCAGACCAUUAUUGGAGUGAUGCUGGGUGUGCUGGAGCAUCCCAAUGCUAAGAUGAACUGCCAGAUGGCACACUGAGCUCUCAGGAGUGGGCAUUAGGGCAAGCAGAUCUGAGAUCAAAUUGUUUUCCACUUUCUAAACAGUUAUGGGGUGCAACCCUGAUUGUAGCUGCCAUUAUAAAAUUCACAUGUGGGAGAGGGCAACUGAGAGUCUAGAACCUCAAUAACUGAAGUGUAUUUUCUUUGGGGGUGGGUGGUACUCAUGCAGUGUAUUUAAAGUUCAGCUCCCGAAGACACUGAGAUGAUAUGAAGUCAAGGACACCUCACUUUGGGCUGAUGUAUUGAGUGCACGUGCACACUGUGAUACAUUUAACUCUGCAUUCGUUUUUUAGUAAUGUUUUAAAAUGAGCCAUUUCUUACUGAGCAUUUUUAAAUCUGAGCCUGUAACAAUGGCUAUAUUUUUGAUCUUUUUAGGUUUUUCAAUACGUCUGUCACAAAUUUGCCCCUCUGUUCUCCUACCUCUUAUUUCAUUCACUUUGUCCUUGGUAUAGACUUCUGCCACUUGCUUUUGUUUUGUAUGUGCUUUCACUUUCUUUCUCUGGAAUGGUCACACACAUCCACCCCAUCCACCCCCUUUAAGGUUUUCCCUUUUUCUUUAGGGCUGUCACCUUCUUUUCUGCUUGCUCCCCUGCUAUUCUUUUCUGUUUCCCUCUUGCCCGCUCUCCAGUUCCUCGCUCGUUCUCUCUUUAUCUUUCUGAAGCAGAACAAUUUAUGUUUAAGUCUGCGUGAAUGGAAAUGACAGAUGGUCGCAGAAGCUCGAUUUUGACUGUUCUGCUAAACUUUACCCCGAAGGCUAAAAGGCCACAGCCCCAGAGGCUGGAUGCACUUAGGCACUUAGAUGUUGUCACUACUCGAAGAGAACACAUGCUCACAGCAUGCAUAUGCAAUGUUUGCUUUGUACUUAAGUCAGUUUUGACUAGAUUUUGUAUUUCUUUAAGGUUUGGACUAAACUAACCAUAGCUUAGAUGGUUUUAAUUAGUUAAAGAUAAUACAAGAAAAUUAGUUAAUAAGUUAAUGUCACUGUUUUUAAGACCUUAGUUACUUUGGCCGUCCAAGAUUAAGUCCAACGUUCCUAUCUCUCUUUGUGACCCUGUUGACUCUGGGUCAUUGUUGGAUUUCAGUACUGUUCUGCCGUCCCUUGGUUUCCUGUGGGAUUUUGGCAUAGGCCUGUUUUUCGAAUGAAUCCAGGGGAACUUGGCGACACACCAUCUUAGCAGGACUUAUACACUUAAUGGUAAGGUCCUAGGGAGUGUUGCUGAACA